AUGGUGCGCGCAGGGGGACACGCGGAAGAAUAUAUUAGAGAUGUCUUCUCUCAAGAUCGGUUUGAGCGUGCGCUGGAGCGGGGCAUGUCCCGUAACCGAAACUAUAGCGCGGACUCACAACUACUGAACAGUGACGACGACGAUUACUUGAUGGAUGGCCAAGUUCCGUAUGUAGGCUUCCCUGACUCGGAACUCUGGCCGUAUGAUACCGACGACUUUCUGAACCAAAAAAGUCCCUUUGAUAUGUCGAGAGGCUCCUUCGCGGGGCACCCACCUCCAUCCACAAAGCACACACGAAACGCCAAGACAAACCGGUUUUUUGGUCGCCGAAAGAAAUUUCGUGGCGCCCGCCCCGGGGGAGGCUCUGCGGGGCUGACAUCGUCGGAUGAACGGAAGCAUGCGUUAUUAGAAAUAGCAGAAACAUCUGGUGGUGGUCGAAGGGGAGCCAAAGUUUUCUCAAGAUCAAAAUCAGAACAUUGUUUGAGGAAAUGUACUACAAAACAGCAGAAAGAAGGCUCAUUGCGCAGUACACAAGAUAAGAAUUGGUCUGUAGGAUGA